GUCUGGGCUUCAGCGGCGGGGAGCCCCGGGUCAGGCGGCAUCACUUCCCUGGCUACAGGUGGUGUGGGGUGCGCGCGGGAAACCGGGCCGGGAACGCGAGAGGGACUCUCGGGGACCGCGCGCCAAGUCCCGGCGGUCUCCGGACACCUGUGGCCCGCGCCGCUCCUGGUCCACUCGAGGAACCUCUUGCUCGGGAUUGACUUAUCUGGAGCAGGUCGGUGGAGCUGGGGUCCAUGCCCCGCCAGACGCAUCUGUAAAGUUUCCUUUUUAAGGAGAAAGGGCAGACAAGAAAGAACACUGAGACCCAGGAACACAGCUGCAGCCUGGACAUUUACUCUUUGUUAUGAUAUCUGAACAGAGUUAUUUUCAAGCUUUGCUAAAGACACCUCAGUUUGUGAUUUCUGACUCAGAAACUCUCCCUUACUAAUUGGAAUAGGCAGUUGUGUGGCCAAAACUAUAACUCACCUUGCAUCCUUGACGAAGGAGUGAUUUAAACUUUUGAGAUGCUUCCAUUAAUUGGAAAAUCAAUCAUCUUUGAUAACUUUCCCGACCCUUCUGAUACUUGGGAAAUCACUGAAACGAUUGGCAAAGGAACUUAUGGAAAAGUUUUUAAAGUGUUGAAUAAGAAAAAUGGCCAAAAAGCAGCAGUCAAAAUUCUGGAUCCCAUUCAUGAUAUUGAUGAAGAGAUUGAAGCAGAGUACAACAUCCUAAAAGCUCUUUCUGACCACCCUAAUGUGGUCAGAUUCUAUGGCAUGUACUUUAAGAAGGAUAAAAUAAAUGGAGAUAAGCUAUGGCUGGUUCUUGAGCUAUGCAAUGGAGGAUCAGUGACAGAUCUUGUGAAAGGAUUUCUGAAGGAGGGCAAAAGAAUGAGUGAGCCCAUAAUUGCCUAUAUUUUACGUGAAGCACUGUUGGGACUUCAGCAUCUGCAUAACAACAAAACUAUCCACCGUGAUGUAAAAGGAAAUAACAUCCUGUUAACCACCGAAGGCGGAGUUAAACUCGUAGAUUUUGGCGUGUCUGCUCAGCUCACCAGCACCUGGCACCGUCGGAACACAUCUGUAGGAACGCCGUUUUGGAUGGCUCCUGAGGUGAUUGCAUGUGAACAGCAACUGGAUACAACUUAUGAUGCCCGAUGUGACACGUGGUCCCUGGGGAUCACGGCCAUUGAGCUGGGGGAUGGAGACCCUCCACUAGCCGACCUGCAUCCCAUGAGAGCACUCUUCAAAAUACCCAGGAAUCCACCCCCAAAACUGAGGCAACCUGCGAUAUGGUCAGCAGAAUUCAAUGACUUCAUCAGCAAGUGUUUGACUAAGGAUUAUGAAAAGCGUCCAACAGUGUCAGAUCUUUUACAGCAUACAUUCAUUACUCAAGUUGAAGGCAAAGAUGCGGUAUUACAAAAACAACUCACAGAAUUCAUUGGCAUUUAUCAGUGCACGGGAGGCACAGAAAAGGCCAGACAUGAACGUCUUUACACCAAGAAAAAUAACUUCAGCAAACCUUUAAUUUCCAGUCUCAAGGAUGUAGAUGAUUUAGCAACUCUGGAAGUUCUGGAUGAGAAUACAGUCUCAGAGCAACUUGAAAAGUGUUACUCCAGAGAUCAUAUCUACAUGUAUGUGGGAGACAUACUCAUUGCUCUUAACCCAUUUCAGAGUCUGGAUAUUUAUUCGGCAGAGCAUUCCAAGUUGUAUAUUGGAGCAAAGAGAGCUGCCAAUCCUCCUCACAUUUUUGCCAUGGCUGACUUAGGAUACCAGUCUAUGGUAACAUACAGUUCAGAUCAGUGCAUUGUUAUUUCUGGAGAAAGUGGUGCUGGAAAAACUGAAAGUGCUCAUCUCUUAGUUCAGCAGCUGACAGUGCUUGGAAAGGCUAAUAACAAAACCCUGCAAGAGAAGAUUUUACAAGUGAACAAUUUGGUGGAAGCAUUUGGCAAUGCCUGCACUAUUAUAAAUGACAAUUCCAGCCGAUUUGGAAAAUACUUAGAAAUGAAAUUUACCCCUUCUGGAGCUGUCGUGGGAGCACAGAUCUCUGAAUACCUGCUGGAGAAAUCCCGAGUUAUCCAUCAAGCUAGUGGAGAAAAAAACUUUCAUAUUUUUUAUUACAUCUAUACUGGUUUAGCUGAAAAGAAGAAAUUAGCCCAUUAUAAAUUGCCAGAAGACAAGCCUCCCAGAUACCUGCAGAAUGACCACAUCAGAACAAUACAGGACAUGAUGAAUAAUAGUUUCUAUAAAUCCCAAUAUGAAUUAAUUGAGCAGUGUUUCAAAGUCAUUGGUUUUACAAUGGAGCAACUUGGAAGUAUCUACAGUAUACUGGCUGCAAUCUUGAACGUUGGAAACAUUGAAUUUUCUUCAGUGGCAACUGAACACCAGAUUGACAAGAGCCACAUUUCGAAUCAUGCAGCUCUGGAGAACUCUGCUUCUCUGCUUUGCAUUCAAGCAGAUGAGCUGCAAGAAGCUCUCACCUCCCACUGUGUGGUCACUAGAGGAGAAACCAUCAUACGACCCAACACUGUAGAGAAGGCUACUGACGUCAGAGACGCAAUGGCUAAAACUUUAUAUGGACGCUUAUUUAGUUGGAUAGUCAACCGCAUUAAUAGCUUACUGAAGCAUGAGGCAUCACCCAGUGGCAAUGGUGAUGAACUGAGCAUUGGCAUUCUGGAUAUAUUUGGCUUUGAAAAUUUCAAAAAAAAUUCCUUUGAGCAGCUGUGCAUUAACAUUGCAAAUGAACAAAUUCAGUUUUAUUUCAACCAACACGUGUUCGCCUGGGAACAGAAUGAAUACCUAAAUGAAGAUAUUGAUGCUAGAGUUAUUGAAUAUGAAGAUAACCGGCCUCUCCUAGACAUGUUUUUGCAGAAGCCAAUGGGUUUACUGUCCCUCCUUGAUGAAGAAAGUAGGUUUCCCAAGGCCACCGACCAAACUCUUGUAGAAAAAUUUGAAGGUAAUCUGAAAUCACAGUACUUCUGGAGACCUAAAAGAAUGGAGCUUAGUUUUGGAAUUCACCAUUAUGCAGGAAAGGUCAUCUAUAAUGCAAGUGGGUUCUUAGCUAAAAAUAGAGAUACUCUUCCCACUGAUAUUGUGCUCCUUUUGAGGUCAUCAGAAAACAGUGUAAUUCGACAACUAGUCAACCAUCCUCUGACAAGAACAGGUAAUCUGCCACAUUCUCAAACUAAAAACAUAAUAAACUAUCAAAUGAAGACUUCAGAAAAAUCAAUCAACCUGACAAAGGGUGAAACUGGAGAAGCCACUCGUCAUGCCAGAGAGACAACCAGCAUGAAAACACAAACAGUUGCAUCCUAUUUUAGAUAUUCUCUGAUGGAUUUGUUAUCUAAAAUGGUGGUUGGCCAACCUCACUUCAUCCGCUGCAUCAAACCAAACAAUGAACGUCAGGCAAGAAAAUAUGACAAAGAAAAGGUUGUGCUCCAGCUUCGCUACACAGGCAUUCUGGAAACAGCAAGAAUCCGAAGGCUGGGGUAUUCACAUCGGAUACUUUUUGCCAACUUUAUAAAACGGUACCAGGUUCUCUGCUACAAGUGGUGUGAAGAGCCUCCAUUGAGUCCUGACACGUGUGCCGCCAUUUUGGAAAAAGCUGGUCUUGAUAACUGGGCUCUUGGGAAAACCAAAGUGUUCCUUAAGUAUUAUCAUGUGGAACAGUUAAAUUUAAUGCGAAAGGAAGCCAUUGACAAGCUGAUUUUGAUUCAAGCCUGUGUCAGAGGAUUCUUGGAUUCAAGAAGAUACCAAAAAAUACAGGAGAAAAGGAAAGAGAGUGCUAUAAUAAUACAGUCAGCUGCAAGAGGCCAUCUAGCCAGGAAACAAAGGAAGGAAAUUGUUAACACACAAAACACAGCAGUAAAAACCAUUCAGGCUCAAGAUCAGGAAUUUGGCUACAAGAAAAACUUUGAAAAUAAAAGGGAAUCUUUUGUGAAGAAACAGACAGAGAAUUCAGUCUCUGCUAAUGAAACCGUCAUUCCAGCUCCAAAUAUUAAUAAUAAAGGGAGUACAUCUGUAGUGAAGACUUGUACUUUCAAAGCUGAGGGGGAAGCCACGAAUGCUAUGAAAAGUAACAUCAGAGGAUAUGAGACUCAGAAAAAAAUGAACAACAUGUAUGAGGAAGAGGCUAAGCAAGAACUAGAUCUGGUGCAGGACGCUUGGGCAGAAGUAAACACUAGUAACAAGUAUAUGAAAGACUUGGAAGAAAAUAGUGAGAUAAGGAAAAUAGGAAAGGAGGACACAGUGGUCGAGAAUUUUUAUCAGAAGUACACAGAGGAAAGGAAUUUCAAAGACUUGAAAGCAGCAUGUCUAGAACGGAAGACCCUACCAGAAAGGCCAAGUUACCCGGGACUUUGGUCAGCAGACAAGGAGACUCCAGGUCCUAACAAGUCUCCUUGCAAAAAGACAUUAGAACCUUGUCUCAGCCAGAGGUUGGUUUGUCAAAAUGAAAAUAGCAAGGACAAAGAAAAGAAGACAUCUGUGAUCACCCAGAAUGCACCUUUGUGCAGCCGUCAGAGGAGCCGUCUGAGCCACGGGGCGGUCCGGGAGAGGCAGGGGAGACCAGCCAUGCAAGCUCAGGAAGAGGACAGAGCCGCAGUGUUCAUUCAGAACAAAUACCGGGGCUACAAGAGGAGGCAGCAGUUACGGAAGGACAGGAUGUCUUCUUUUAGAAAUCAAAAGGUCGUUGCAGCACCGACAGAAGUAGCAAGAAAUACUCACAAUUUAUAUUCCUACCCCACAAAACUUGAGGACCCCUGUAGCAUCGGGAUGAAGAGUGAUAAAGACACAAAAGCAAUUUCAGAAAAAGAAGCAUGUGAUUUGGCAAUUUUUUCAAAACAGGUCUCAAAGCUAUCUGAAGAAUAUUUCAUUCUGCAGAAAAAACUGAAUGAAAUGAUCUUGUCACAGCAACUGAAGCCUCUUUAUUUUGGAGUCUAUCCUCAUAAGCCAAUUACUAGACGAGUUUCUUCUCAUCAGUGCCUCUCAGGUAUCUCAAAAGGAGAGGAGCCAAAAAUAUUGAGACCCCCGAGGCGGCCUCGAAAACCCAAAACACUAAAUAACUCUGAAGACUCCACAUACUAUUCUCUGCUUCAUAAAUCAAUCCAAGAAGAAAAACGAAGACCAAGGAAAGAUAGUCAGGGGAAAUUAUUAGAUCUGGAGGAUUUCUAUUAUAAGGAGUUUUUGCCCAGUCAUCCUGGACCAAAGGACCACAACCCUAGUUUAAGAGAACGAAGACAACAGCAAGAACUCCAGAACCAAUGUUUCAAAGCUGAUGAAAGGUGCUGGGCGGCGGAGGACGGCGUGGAGGAAGAGAACGGGCCGGCCGCCAACCCCUACGACUACAGGAGGCUCCUGCGCAAAACCUCCCAGCGCCGGCGCCUCGUUCAGCAGGUGUAGCCCCGCUGCUCCGCGGUCAGAGCCGUCGGGAUGUGCCCGAGACGAUGGGGCUUGCCGGGGCCAAAGCGGGGGACCCUGGGGCUCUGGGCCAUCAGACACUGGGGCCGCGGCUCUGAUCUUCGCAGGGGUUGCCCGCUGUGCUGGCCCCUCGAGUGCCCGGGCCAGCUGCUGGUGCUCGGAGAACAGAGAACUGAGAGCCUUUCAGACGCGGCGUCUCCGCGCUCGCGGGUCCUCCUCUCCCACCAGCCCGCCCGCCGGGCUGGGCGUCCCUGGCCCCGGCCCCCAGUGUGUCUCUUUGUUCAUUUCUGCGACACCUCCCGUGGACACGACUGCGCCUGAGCUCUCGCAGACCCCUCAUCUCUCCUUCGAGUGACUUCAAAGGUUUCCUCUUUCUUGGAAACGGCUUUGCCAGGCCCGCAGGGUCCUCGCUGAGGGGUUGAGUCCGUGAGAAGCGGACAAAGCACCGGGGGUUGGGGGGCGGGGCCGACUUUGAAGAUGAACUUCAUCCCAAACUCGCGCUUUCCCUUGCUUUGGUCUUUAAGGCUAUCAAAUAAAGGCAAUGCCUUGGAAAGGACGUGCUCCACCGGAUUCCCCUUAGGGCCCAGGUUCCCGCUGCCCAGCUCUGCAGGUGCCACGGCCCAGGGAGGGGAGACGGUGCCUUCUGUCUAACAUCAACGAAUAACAUCGCUCCCUGCCCCCAUCCCAAACGAACAUACCUCUAACUUUAAAAGCCCCCGUACUUUAGACACAAACAUGGGCUCUAGACAAGACUCCAAAUCCUGCAGCACACAGCGCCCACACGCAUGGAGCCCCACCCUCUCACACACUCAAAGUCUUCCCAACCAAGGUGGCUUCCUUACAGAGGAGGAGAUGGGUGGAUGGCAUCACCAACUCAAUGGACAUGAGUUUGAGCAAACUCCGGGAGAUGGUGAAGGUGCUGCAGUCCAUGGGGGUCGCAAAGAGUCAAACACUACUGAGCGGGCGAAUGAACAACAAUAAAAAUUCUGGUCCCACCGCUGAGCUGAGCGGUCCGAUUUUGAAGGUUCUCCUAGUCUUCAGGUGUGGGGCUGUCUUUGGGCUCUGAGUUUUGGUGUAUUUAAGAUGGAAGGGAUGGUGGUGGGUAGGCAACCCGUUUGCCUUCCUCAGUUGGCUGCAUUUUAUUUAAAAACUCAGGUUAAGCUCUUCUGUGGAUGUGAUGCCCUCCGAGUCUGCGCAGCCUGGAACAGGAGAGGGAAGAAGGUGCAGUGGUUUCCUGGAUGACCGAGUUGGCUGGAAGGGUUAUAUCUCUUUUGCCAGAGUCCCCAGCUCCUGCACCCCAGCUCCUGCCCUGGGCCGGGGUCUUGGGGAAAGUAUUCAAGGAGGGAGUGAGAGCACCUGUGCAGCUGGCUAACAGCGUGUACUGCGGUGCUCUCCGAUGGGUGGUAAGGUUCUCUCCAACCCAAGCAGCUGGCACCGAAAGGUCCCCAGUGAUGAUGCCAACAACCUCUUCCUUUUACAAAGGGCCCCCUCGCAAGGGGAAGCCUCCCACUGAUGCAGGGCUGAGCUCCAAGGCCAAGUGCACUCAGGCCCUGCUCCUUAACCUGAGUUCCCGCCUGUCUCCAUGGAGGUUGGGACCCGGAAGGAGGAGCCACCUUUGGGGUGUGGACCGACAGCGGGGCUGUGGUUGGGGUAUGGGCUGGGCCUGGUCCAGGCACCCAGGAGACCAGCCCUGCAGGGAGGAGAUGGAGGGGCAUCUCUAACCCAAGGUUUCCCGGCCCCCUCCACCGCUACUCACCUGUCCACCCACCACCAGGAGGCCUUAGGGGGACAAAAGCAGCUCUGCUUCUUUGCCAGUCCUGUUCAAUCGAAGCUUCCAGAGUGGCCCCACAGACCAGACCCCUGGCAGCCUGACCUGUUGCUGGAGAGAGAGGCAAUUGGACCCCUCCCUAAAGUCCACACCACCCCCCUUUUGAAGUGGGACUAGAGCAGAGAGCAGCAAACACGCGAUGAAAGGUUGCAAUGUUUUUGUUUUCCUUUCUUCUUUUGAAUUCUUCAUUUUCUCUCCUUUCCCUUCUCUCUUUCCAUCUCUUCUUCUUUGUCCUCUGACACUUAAGGGAGGACUCCAGGGAAAAUUCAUACCAGACACUCUUCUUUGGCAGGCCUGCAAGGCAAUCUCUGGGUAAACCACUGACAAGAAAUAGGUCAACCAAGGAAACCAACCCUAGCCGGCGGCCCUAGGAGCUUGAGUCUCUUCCCUCAUUUGAGGAAGGGCCUUCGAAAGCUCUUCCCCAGUGCUGGCCCGCCUCCCUUCCCCAUCCGGUGGCUGCCUCCUUUGUGAAUUAAUGACUGUAAUUAUUACCUCCCAGAGCUCUUUUGUUAUCUCCAACCCAAGCCCAAAUGAGGGGAGAGCGGGCUCUUUUUUUGAAAUGAAAGUCUUUAUAAAGCAAAUUACCCAUCUAGGGAGGGCGGGCAUUAAGGAAAGACAAAUCAGAUACUGUGUGCAUCUGAAGUGGGUGUGUUAGAUAAAAAUGUAAAUAUCACCAUUAGAUUCAAAACACUCUGGAGUUUCUGAUUUAAUGCAGUUUAUUUAAAGAGAAGAAGUUUAAGUCAUUGCUUUUUUAAAAAAUCUAUUAAAUUCGGUGUUGCA